AGCGAGUCCCCGGCAGGGCCCGGCCCGUCAGCACUUCCCCGCGGCAGCAGCGGGGCUGGGGUGCCCGGAGGCGGCUGGUGCGCUCCGCGCUGACCUCGCUCCCGCUGGCUCCGUGUCGCUGCAGAGAUCCGCCGCCUCCGCCUCCCCGCGCCGCGCCGCGCCGCGGGCCCCAGCCGCCGCCAUGGCCUCCUGCACCUCGGACAAGCCCCCGAGCAGCUCGGCCGGCAGCGGCCCGCUCCCCGCGGCGCAGCAGGCGGCGGCCGGCGCCGAGCAGGACUGGGCAGCGGCCAAGGCUUUCUACGACCGCCUGGUGUCCACCAAGCGACCCCGCCCGGUGAGUGCAGCCGGCGGCAGCCCGGCGUGGGGGCCGCGGGCUCUCCGGGGCUCCGUUUGUGUUAGGACAAAAACAGCAGGGUUGCACCUUGUCAUAUUUCGUUUGUUUCCUCUGUAUCUGAGAUUUUCAUGCCUGUUUUUAGGUUUAUCGAUUGAACGCUUCUGUAUGACUGGUGGAGAAAGCCCUAUUGGUUACCUAACAGCAUAUCUUACCAACUUAUACCUUUCUGCUGACUCUGAAAAAGUCCAAGAAGCUAUAGAAGCAGGCAUUGCAUCUGCUACAAUGUUCACUGCAAAUAAAGACAUACCUUACUGUGAUAAGCAGUUGAGGGUGGCAUUUGAUGGGGAUGCUGUUCUCUUUUCCGAUGAAUCAGAGCAGAUCGUCAAAGAGCAUGGAUUAGAUAGAUUUUAUGAACAUGAACAGAUGAAUGAGAAUAAGCCCCUUGCACAGGGUCCUUUGAAAGGUUUUCUGGAAGACUUAGGGAAGCUGCAGAAGAAAUUCUAUGCAAAAGACAAACGAUUAGAUUGUCCUAUAAGGACCUACCUCGUCACAGCUAGAAGUGCAGCAAGUUCUGGAGCCAGAGUGCUGAAGACUCUCCGUAGCUGGGGUUUGGAGAUUGGCACUUUCCUUGCAGGAGCUCCUAAAGGACCAAUUUUGGUGAAAAUCCGGCCUCAUAUUUUCUUUGAUGAUCAGAUGUUUCACAUUGAAGGAGCACAACAACUGGGUACUGUAGCAGCACAUGUACCUUAUGGCAUUGGUCAGAAGUACAACAAAUCCAAACCUAAAAAUGACACUGUUAAAAAAUAGCUUUCCUUUAACUUAGACAGCCUCUAACACAUCAAUAGUUAAGUCUGAAAACUCUACAUUUGUAUAUUAUAAGGAGUGUUUAAAGAUUUGACCUCUGUAGCUAAAGAAAUUUUAAAAAAAUAUUUUAAUAUGGGCAUGUUUUUAAUAGAUUUUUAAUAGUACUCUUGAACACUUUUUGGUUUGGUUUGCUAGGUUUAGCACUGUAGUUUUUUUUUAUAUUAGGAAAAGUCUUGUAUUGUUUUUAUAGUUUAAGACAUAUUUUAAAGACUUAUAAAUGUGUGACUUCUCUGAAAGAGCUGUAAAUGGGCUAUUUAUAACAUGAAUCAUGCUGCAUAAAGAAUAUUUACAGGUUAUUUUUUAAAAGACCAAAAACAUGGUGCGAGUAUGUUUACCUAUUCAGUGAUUGUGUCAUCAUGAAUCUUUGAUUUGUAUGGGUGAUUUGUAAUUCCAGUGGAAACUGUUAGUUUAUUUGGCCUUGUGUUUACAGGAACCCCUUAUUUUUCUAAACUAUUUUUCCUACUUGAAUAAAGCUGACUUUGCAGAA